AUGAGUCACAUCGGCCACAUUGAACCUUUCGACGAGACCACGAGUGACUGGCGCUCGUACGAGGAAAGGUUGAAAGCCUAUCUUUUGGUCAACGAUGUUCCAGUAGCAAAGAAGGUUCCUGCGUUCCUGAGUCUCAUCGGCGCGAAGACCUACGCGCUGCUCAAGUCGCUGACGGCACCGGACGCACCGUCGUCACGAGAGUUUGACAGUCUCCUGAAACUCCUGAGCGAUCACCUGGCACCGCAGUCGUCUGUCAUCGCAGAGCGUGCUAAAUUUUACAAGCGGUCACAGCGAAGCGGUGCGGUGUUGGUUAUAGGCGCGGCGCUUCUGGUGGCCUACUUGCUGAGCGCAUCGCCUCAUACCACAUUCCGCCGGCUUACCAGGCCCCGGGAAGUGAGUGCGGUGACCAGCCUGGGAGCGGUGACUGGACUACGCGUCUCCGUGCUUGACAGGGACGUGGCCGUGUUCUACGGCGUUCCGUUCGCGGACGCUCCACUGGGCGCGGACCGCUUCUCGCCCCCGUCUCCCGGCACCCCGUGGAGCGGCUACCGCGACGCCUCCGAGAGGGUGCGCGACCGCUGCCUGCAGCCAGCCAUGUCCUCGCUGGUCGACAACAACCCGCAGGGAUUCGUCGGCGCCGAGAACUGCCUUCACGUGAACGUGUUCGCGCCGGACGGAGCCACGAACAGGUCGGUGCUGGUGAUCCUGCACGGCGGCGAGUUCCAGCGGGGCUCGAACGACGACGCGCUGUACGACGGCCGCUACAUGGCGGCCGCCGAGGACGUCGUGGUGUUCGUGCCCAACUACCGGCUCAACGUGUUCGGCUUCCUGACGACGCCGUUCUUCAGCGUGCCCGGAAACCAGGGCUUGCGCGACCAGCACGCGGCGCUCGAGUGGGUCUCGAAGAACGCGGCCGCUUUCGGCGGCAACAACGCCUCGGUCACGCUGGUCGGAGUGGACAGCGGCGCCCUGAGCGCCGGCCUGCACCUGCUGAUGCCGGCCAGCCGCCGGCUGUUCCAUCGCGUCGUGAUGCAGGGCGGAAGCCCGUUCGAGGCGACCGAGCGGGUACCGUUCGCGGGGCCGCCGGAGAUACGAGAGUACGCGGCUGCAGUCUGCGCUCACGGAAGGAGAACCGCCAGCACGUCAGUAACUAUUAGCAGUCGCUUUCAAAUUUCGCCCGAGUCCACGGAUUGUAUAAGAGCUAACAGCCGUGGUGGCUUAGGGGCUGUGGCCUUGCGCUGCUAA